GCGCCGGCUUUACAACUCCGAUUGGCCUUUUCGAACUCGACGUCAUCCCGUUCGGUAUGAAGAAGUCGCCCGCCGAGUUCCAACGCGCAAUGGAUUCCUGCUUCGCAGUAGAAGCAAAUGCGGUCUGCUACAUUGACGACAUCGUCAUUUGUGGACAGGACUUCGACAGCGUAGUGCAGCGGGUCAAGCUACAGUGCAUGAACACCGGCUUCUACUUGCGCUUGGGCAGGAGCGAAUGGUUCAAGGAUGAAGUGAAGUCCCUCGGGCACGUCAUCGGCCAGACGGGCAUAAAGGUCCAGGCAAGUACGUCGUGGAGACAGAGCUAA